AUGUACCUAGCCUCCGGCUCCGGCAUCCCCGAAAUAAAAACCAUCCUCUCCGGCUUCUCAAUCCCCUCCUUCCUCUCCCUCCCCGUGCUCAUCGUAAAAUCCCUCGGCGCAAUCUUCGCCGUAUCAUCCUCCCUCUGUCUGGGAAAAGAAGGUCCCUUUGUCCACAUCUCCACCUGCAUCGGCCACCUAACCGGGCGCUUGAUACCAAAAUACGCGUCCAAUGGCCGCAAGAUGCGGGAGCUGCUCAGCGCGGCAUGCUCAGCGGGACUGUCAGUAGCAUUCGGCGCGCCGAUCGGAGGCGUGCUGUUUAGUUAUGAGGAGAUUACGCUGGAUGCCGGUGCUUUCUUUGGGAGACUAGUUGGCCAGGCUAUCGGUUCGAUCAGUCCGGGUAUCUUCGCUAUGGUGGGUGCUGCUGCGUUUCUGGCGGGUGUGUCUCGGAUGACUAUCUCGCUUGCUGUUAUUAUGUUCGAACUCACAGGCCAGCUCUCCUACACCGUCCCUUCUAUGCUCGCCAUCCUAACCGCAAAAUGGGUCGCCGACGCAAUCUCCUCAGAAGGCGUCUACGAUCUCGCUCAAUCCCUACUCUCUCACCCUUUUCUGGACCCAGAUACCGCUCUCUCCAUCGUCCGCCGCCACAAAGCCUGCGUCGAGGUCCUCAUUCCCCCUCAGCGCACCAUGGAUGACAUUACCGUUCACGUACCUACAAGCAAUAAAGUAGCUUUGACUCUGCUGAAAGAGAAGCUUAAUGCGUUGAGAGAACGAGGUCUCAUGGACGCGGGUCUUGUACUCGUGCAGAAGAAUCAUGGUGGGGUUGAAGUGCUGCAGGGCUAUAUAUCGCAGUCGGAGCUUGAAUUUGGGCUGACGAAACUCGUUCCUGGUGUGCUUGUGUCGACGCAGGAAGAGGAUGUCCAGGUUAGGUUGCUAGGCCAGGAGAUUGAUGAGCCGACGAGUCCCAUGAGCUUGGAGAUGGAUUUGACGCCAUUUGUGGAUCGGACACCAUUGAGCAUCUGCGCGAAAGCGCCUCUGGAAUAUGCUGUCGAGAUGUUCUCCAAGUUGGGUCUGAGAUAUCUCAUGGUGACCAAAGAGGGCACAGGACAACUGGUGGGUGUGAUAAUCAAGAAACGGCUCGUAGGCUACCUUGAACACCUAAGAGAACAUGGCGAAGGAGAUUAG